AUGAACCCUGAAGAAGUGCAAAACCCCCCUGCCACGACCACGGCACCAGCCAUGACGAGCUCUCGCAAGUCUGUGCGUAUUACCAAGAUUCAUGUGAGGGACAUUAGCCUCCAGACGAAUCUAGCAAGUCUGUUGGACCUGCUGGGUCAAGCGGGCGAAGUUGUCUCGAUGGACGUGCGUGUCAUCCAGCGUCGUGGAGCGCUCUCAAUCAAGUGCCAGGCGGCCUACAAAAAUGCAACGUCUGCAGCUACAGCCGCAGAGACACUUAAUGGAGCGGAGCUGGACGGCAGCAAAUUAAUCGUUUCUCUUCAUGAGCCAAAGCAGCGGCAGUCUUCUGCUGCAAAGUCGACUGACGCUGAGCAGGAAGAGGACAAGCAAAAGUCGCAGCCUGCGGACCAGCAGGCCAAUGACGCCGCUCCCCAGCCGGCGUCCAAUGCCGCUGCCACGGGCAGCACCAAGAAAAAGUCGAUUCGCAAGCCCAAAUCGAAGCCGGCACGUGGUGAGCCUAGUGAAACGAUGCUGUACGUGUCUCACUUGGCAUACUCUGUCAACAAUGAUACGUUGAUGGAGCUCUUUUCGCCUUAUAACGUGAAGAGCGCCAAUGUUGUGUACAACCGCUUCCGCUCAAGUAAGUCUCGUGGCUUCGCAUUCGUCGACUUCCACACGCACGAGGACCAGCAGAGGGCUAUGGCUGAGAAGAAUGGCUUGGAGCUCAUGGGUCGCGUGCUCAACGUCACGGUGGCGCUCCAAGAAGCACAGCCCCAGCAGGAGGCCCCCACCGAGUCUGCCGAGCCUGCUGAGCCUACGGCCGAUGCUGCCUAA